CUACGUCCAUGUUUUUUUUACAGUCUAUGGUUUUUCUUUGUAAUAGUUAUUAAAACAGUUUCAAAAUAAAAUAAUUAUUCCUUGACGUAUCUAUAACGUUACCUUCACUACUGUUAGCCAAGGACUGCAUUAGGUGGUUCUGUAACUUUUAUAAUGAACUUUUUCAUAUAAUAUGAAUUUUAUAGUUACAUAUAAGUAUACCUGGUCCAUCAGUUACAGCUGAAAGUGCGCCUUCAGUGUGUGAUGGUACGGAUUUUGUGUGUUUUAUUCUCUCAGAAUAGAACAGUUGAUGUAAAAGUUCUUUCCAUGAUACCUUACCAUUUUUUUUUUUGCCACAGAUUGGAAGAGGAUUGAGCUUCCAGAAAGGGCAGCAAUAAUGUAUAGGUGGUAUACACUUCGACAAAAAGAAGACGAGCCCUCACUGAAAGUAAGAAUUGAUAUUAGAGAAGACAUGGAGGACCAGGAGGGGAGAAUAAUACAUUUUUACAAGGCCCCAAAAAUUGAUUGGACUAGACCUCUUCAAUGCCGAUUGGAAGGGGAUGUUGCCACUGGGGAUGGUGUUCAGCGUCAUUUUUUCAGCAUGGUGAUGCACAAGCUGCAGAAUGGAUUCCUCUUUAAUGUUGGAAAUGGAAAUGGAACUGCAUUAUUUGAAGGGCAAGCAGACCACCUUAUUCCAUCUACUUCCCAAGUCCUUUUGCAGAGUGACUUGUUUGUGAUGGCAGGCAGGAUUAUUGGUCAUUCUUUCCUCCAUGGUGGGCCUUCAUUAGCAGGUGUAAGCCCAGCCAUUGUGCAUGUAUUAUUAGGUGGCUCCCCACAGACGGCAACCAUCACAAUUGAAGAUGUGGCUGACAUCGACAUUAGGGAGACAAUACAGAUGCUUGCUGUCUGUGAUUCAAAUAAUGAUUUUACUGAGGAUCAAAAGGCAGCCAUUAACCAGCUGGCAAUGUCUUGGGACCUUCCAGUGUUGACUACAACUAACCGCACUUGGCUGUUACACAAUCUUCUUCAGCAUGCGGUGCUGAUGAGAACUUGGCGACAAGUAAAACAGCUCAGACAAGGACUGAAGGAGUCAAUGGUAUGGCAGUUAUUGGAGGCCCGACCUGAUGUGGCAUCUGUGGUUUUUCCAAGACAGUCAAUGGCUGACUGCAGUACACAGGUUCUCUUAAACAACAUCAUCUGGCCCAUGGAAGAAGAAGAGGGGGGUAAUGAACCCCCAUUUACCACCCAAUGCAGAAUUUCAGGGUGGAGACUGCUGAUCAAUGUAAAUUGAAACAGCUGGUCAAAUUCUGGGUGGGCUGGGAGCUGCCAAUGAAGGACAUGCAGGUGAAGGUGGUGCAGGCAGAACACCCUACAUCCUCCACCUGUUUUUGCAUUCUUCGUCUACCAGCUCAUUA